GUUCUAUUUCUGUGCUCAGCUGUAUGUUUAUCCAGAAGUGUUUUCACACAAAGAACCGGAGCAUUAUGGGAAGCGCUGAGGUAAGCGGAAGCGUCCUCACAGAGCACUGGGAAAGUGUCCUGACAGGAGCUCAUAUCCGCCGCGAUGGAUCUGAAGGAGAAAACCGUCGCGGCACUGAAGAAGCACGACAGCGGCGAGGAGCUCCUCCGUUUACCGGCGCUUCCCGGAGCCUCGGUGCUGAUCCCGCUGCUGCUGAGAGACGGACAGCUGCGGCUCCUGCUCACCGUGCGCGCCAUUCACCUGAAGCAGCACGCGGGUGAAGUGUGUUUCCCGGGAGGAAAGCGUGAGUCCGGUGACCGAGAUGAAGUUCACACCGCUCUCAGAGAAGCAGAGGAGGAGAUCGGGCUUCCUCCUGACACCGUGCAGGUCAUCUGCAAACUCUUCCCCGUCCUCAACAAGGCUGGUCUUCUGAUCACUCCGGUGGUGGCUUUCAUUGAGGACUCCUUCGAAGCGCGUCCAAACACAGACGAGGUGAGCGAGGUGUUCACUCUUCCUCUGGAGUUUUUCACUAAAGCGGCGGAUCACUCCGGCUAUCCUGUGCCCAGCGUCUUCGGCCCGACCCACAGCUUCAUGUACACUGACCCCAGCACAGGUAACAUCCAUCAGAUCUGGGGUCUGACCGCCGCUCUGGCCGUAACCGUCGCUGUGCUGGCCCUCGGAAAGAAGCCCGAGUUUGAGGUCGGCUUUAACUUGGACGAUCCAGCUUCUGGGUUUAAAGACCUGCUGAAUCGCAGAUUAAGCAAAUUAUGAAGACGCUUCAGAUUCAGUGUCAUUGAUCAUGCUAGCGGAAAUGAUUUACUGUGAUUCAACUGUGAGGUUACUAGUCCGUCAGUUUGGAUAUUCUUCAUGUAAAUAAAAAUGUUACAACUUUUUUGUAUAAUUAACAAUGAGGACGUCAUU